AUGGUUCGGAAAGCGAAAGGUGGGUGGCAAAUGUGCCAAGACUAUACCGAUCUGAACAAAGCAUGCCCAAAAGAUAGCUUUCCGUUACCUCGAAUCGAUCAGCUCGUAGACGCCACUGCCGGUCAUGAGCUUCUCAGCUUCAUGGAUGCAUAUUCGGGGUACAAUCAGAUAUUCAUGAACCUUGCCGACAGCGAACAUACUGCAUUUAUCACAGGCAGAGGAUUGUAUUGCUACUAUGUCAUGCCGUUCGGCUUGAAAAAUUGCAGGGGCAACAUAUUAGAGGCUCGUCAACAAAAUCUUCGCCAAACAUAUCGGCAGCAUAAUGGAGGUAUACGUCGACGACAUGUUGGUAAAGAGUAG